GAGACAAUUGUGGCUCAGUGAGUCCCCGUCCGCGGUCGUGUGCGAAGGUCGCGCGCGAGUGUCCGUCCACCCGCCCGUCCUCGCCAGGUCGGAUCGUACACUGGAACCACCACAUUCCUGCCCGUCACGCCGGAGUGAGGUGACGUGUUGAAGUGUAACUAGCGAAGAUCCUGUGUACCGUUUGCUCUUGGAUAUAUUUGGAGGAGAAUAUAUACCUACGCCUUGGAGUAUUACACGCGUAUAUACCUGCGGUGGUGCCCCUCCCGAGUUUAGAGAAGCGGUCUGCGAGUGAACCGUGUACACGUCCACACGGGGAUAACGGAAGGGGGAGGAGGAGGAGGAGGAGGAGAGACAACCGCCACCUGCUCAUCGCCGUCGUCAGGCCCCGUCUCGCCGUAAACUAAGAGACGGGAGGUUACAGCGAGUUGCUGGUUCUGUCAACCAGCGUUGACGGAACCUCCACCCCACGAGACAGUACACCGCCAAGAGCCCUGAGGUGUUGAUCAACGAACCCAACCACCUUAAAAAAAAGAAGAAAAAAUAAUAAAGACAAAAAAAAAGAGGAAAACCAAACACAUUUAAGUGAAGGAGCAGACACCGGCCAGGCGAAGGUUUGGUCGCCACUGUCAACAACUAAGGCUGUUUGGGAGCGUCUUGAGAGAAUAAUUCCCUGCUGCGUCCCCGGGUGUCUCCCCCCACCACACCAAACGAACCUACGAGCCGCCCCUUCGACGAACUUGUGCAGGUCACAAGCCACAAAUACACUCACAAGUCUACACGAGGAACCUCGCCACCGACGACCUCAAUCUGGGCCACAUCCCGCAUCAUGGACUCGUGGUCACGCCGCAAGGCGGGUGUGGCGCGGGCCGUCGAGGGUGUGGUGAAGCGACGGAAGCACGUGGUCCUGGUGGGUCUAGACGGGUCUGGCAAGACCACAGUACUCACCAGACUCAAGUACCGCUGCUAUGUGGCCACCACUCCCACCAUUGGUUUCAACCACGAGAAGGUGUGGGGCGGAGGGUUCCGGUGGUCGUGUUGGGACGUGGGCGGCGGUGAGCGUCUCCGGCCGCUGUGGUCGUCCUACACCCGCGCCACCGACGGCAUCGUCUUCGUCGUCGACUCCGCCUCCCUGGGCGACAUGAUGGAGGAAGCCAGGGUCGAGUUGGCCAGAGUCCUCAAGAAGUCGCGCGCCUCCUCCGUCCAGCUGAGCGUCCCAACACCGCCUCUCCUCGUCCUGGCAAACUUCCAGGACCAGAUCCACGCCCGCUCCGCCCAGGCUGUGGCCACGAGCCUGGGUCUAGGGGAGGCGAUGGGCGUGGUGUGGGCGGUGGCUCCCGUCUGCGCCCUCACCGGAGAGGGACUGGACGACGCCAUGGCCACCCUCAGGACUCUCAUCGACAAGGUCCGGCAGGACUAUCGGAAGAGGGACCGGUGGCGCUGAACACGACCGACCUGCAGUCUUUCCCGGUCUAAGGGAAAUGGUUUUUCACCAGGUUGCUGCUAGAUGGGUUGAGGGGGAGGGUUGAGGGGGAGACACGGGGUGUCGUGCAGGGUGUAGCUGCCCUCAUCUGUCACAGUAACACCCGCACGGUACCACACCUCGGCUGCACAAAACUUGUGUGAUAACUCAUUAUCUGCCAGGAUUAUACGAGGUGCAAUUAUGGUGUUGACAGCUGACCGAGUGUUGUUACAAGCUGUAAAUACCGGCGGUACAAGAGAUCGCGUAAUUUACAGGAAGUUCGUGAUGCUUGUAUCGUCUGCAUGAUAUAUGUAUAAGCUGUACCAUACAUUUGUACCAGCUGUACCAAGGCUUUUCGAUACGAGUAUUUACAGAGUGUGAGAAUUAUACCAUGUACUUGAUUUAUUAUAUUAUGUAAGCUAAGAAGUGCUCGGGAGUCCUCUGGGGUGAUGCCAGGGAGUGAGGCAGUACACGGACCCCUCAACGUGCUCUCAGGUCACACGGUCUCAUGCCUCCCUUUCUCUGUGCACCAAAAAAAAAAAAAGUUCAUUUUCGCUGCGCUUUCUUCUUUUUUGUUAUGGACAUUUUGUUUUUUUUGUAUAAUCAAAAAGCUGCGGAAGACACUUUGGAGGAGGUGAUGUAUGACCACAAGAGGCUGGUGUAAGGGGGUACAGCAGGAGCCCCCCCCCCCCCGGCCAGGUCUUAACCCCCAUGUCAAGCUUGACACAGGGACCCCGUCAGACCGAACCACCCACACGCCCCUAUCACCCACUUCAAGCUACGUCCAUUUUAUGAUUGUAAAGCCUCAAUUUAUCUAUUUGCUGUAGAUCCUGGACACUCUUCACUAUUGUGUAAAUGCUCACAUAUAUUCAGAGAAUGUCAUAAAUAUGCUUACAGAACUGCGCUCUUCAAAUUUUUCGCGCCAAGCCUGCACUUGGCGCCCUUUUUUGAGUUUUAGCUUUGUAUGAUAAUUUUUGAACGAUGUUUACGCGAGUCUUGAAAAAAUGGCGCGCAAACCUGCUUCAAGACGUUACCAUGAAUAUCUCGCGUUCUCUAAUUUGUUCACAACAAUACAGGUCACAAAAACCCACAGACAUUUGAGGGUUAAUGUUGAGGAGUGUCAGGGACGGUUGGGAGUUCCUCCUUCCACAACUCUCCAGGAGCUUGUGGUGACGUCAUAUGUAAACAAAGUAGUAGCCAGGCGGGGAUUCUCCAAGGUGUAGUUUUAAUGUGUGGCCGAGGGUGGUCCCAAGGUGUGGCCGAGGGUGGUCCCAAGGUGUGGCCGAGGGUGGUCCCAAGGUGUGGCCGAGGGUGGUCCCAAGGUGUGGCCGAGGGUGGUCCCAAGGUGUGGCCGAGGGUGGUCCUAAGCUGUGACCGAGGCGGUCCCGAGGCUCGGCCAGACUGUUCUUGUGGUAAAAUGCAUUCUGUAGAGGAUUCUCUUCCUGAAAACCUGAGGUAAAACAUCUCAUGCUGUCCUUAGAAAUCCUGUACAAAUAUUAUGUCAUGGGGCCGUAUAGUGGUGAGUUAAUCAAAAGUAUCUGAAGGGUGUGGAAAUAUAUAUUCUUGUACAGUAUUGACUUAGGAAUUACAGAAUUAUAUAUAUGCAGUGUAGCAGGUUCAAAACCUAAAAUAUAUCUGCCAUUGUUGCAUUUCAGAUUGUAAGCUCAUCACAUUGAACUGUACACACACACAUCACGUACAAAAUUAAAUUAGUGCAUGACGUAGAUUUUUUGCAAGUUAGAAGUAGAGUUUUGUGUAGAAAGGACCCCAGCUAGCACGUAACUACAACGUUUUUUAAGCUUUAAAAAGAUUGUUCCAACGAUUAAACAAAGUCAAAAAUAGAGUGUGGGUCUCCGUCUGGACUGGAGACACGGGAGUGGUGGUCCCAAACCUUAGAAUCUCAAGGAUCUUCUGUUCCUCUGUUAAAUUAUUGCCAAAUCUGUUAGUUUUAGAAGUAUUAAGAGUUCUUAUUGAUUAUUUAUUUUUCAUGUAUAAAUAUACUUGUCGUUCCUCACUUUAUAUAUUUAAUAUGUAAUUGUUAACAUAUUCAGGCCUUUGUAUAGGUCUCUAUUUUUUUCUGACUGUAUGAAUUGUAUGGAAUUCAAAAUAAACAGUAUUAUGGU